AUGGGUGCCCACAAAUAUCUCGAGGAGCUUCAGAAGAAGAAGCAGAGCGAUGUCAUGCGCUUCUUGCUUCGCGUUCGCUGCUGGGAGCUCCGCCAGUUGAACGUCAUCCACCGCGCAUCCCGCCCAUCGCGCCCCGACAAGGCCCGCCGCCUCGGAUACAAGGCCAAGCAGGGAUAUGUCAUCUACCGCGUCCGCGUCCGCCGUGGAGGUCGCAAGAGGCCAGUGCCAAAGGGUGCCACCUACGGCAAGCCCACCAACCAGGGUGUGAACCAGCUCAAGUACCAGCGCUCUCUCAAGGCCACCGCCGAGGAGCGUGUCGGCCGCCGCUGCGCCAACUUGCGCGUCCUGAACAGCUACUGGAUCAACCAGGACUCCACCUACAAGUACUACGAGGUCAUCCUCGUCGACCCACAGCACAAGGCCAUCCGCCGCGAUGCCCGCAUCAACUGGAUCGUGAAGCCAGUCCACAAGCACCGCGAGAUGCGUGGUCUCACCGCCACCGGCAAGAAGAGCAGAGGUCUCAACAAGGGCCACCGCUACAACAACACCAAGGCUGGCCGGAGACACACCUGGAAGAGGCAGAACACUCUGUCCCUCUGGCGCUACAGGUAG